CACGUGCGAGUUUCGCUCUCUCUCUCUCUCUGGACAGUAAAUAAUUUAUAAUUUUCUUGUGAUUUUUAAAUAUAUCAACAGAAUGGUAAAAGUUAAAAGAAACGCUGUUAAGCACGACGCAAAGAAAGCCGCUCGAAAGGAUUCUACAGACUCUGUUGUGGAGCAUGACUCUCCGGAUGAGGAUCAGAGUGACGUCGAGCAGGCUGCUUCGAGUACCGAUGAUGGCUUUGAAGAACCUACUCCAGUUAAGAAGAACCCGCUUCCCACUUCUGCUACCCAGUCCAAGACAAAACCAAAGAAAAACAAAUUCAAAGAUGAGGCCAAAAAUGUGAAGCCUCCAACUCUAGAGGAGAUGAAGGAGCUCCGCGACACCCGCAACUUAUUUCACUCCAACCUUUUCAAGCUGCAGGUGAAAGAAAUGCUGGAGGAGCUGCAGCUUAAGACAAAGUAUUCAGAGUUCAUUGACAACUGGCUGGAAUCCUUCACUGCCUUCACCGCACAGCUAAAGAGCGGGCUUAUGGAGGGAUCCAAUUUGGAAGUGCCCUUGCGGUUGCCUCAGAAGGCAACUGGGUUCAUGUUCAAUAAGCCUACGAGGGAUCCAUAUCUGAUCGGAGCCUCGUCAACAGGCACUCUUCUGGGCCCCAAAAUUGUAGUGGACGUGGCUCUGGAAAUGCCCAUAGAAUCCAUUCACAAAGAGGACUACGUGAAUCUGCGCUACGAUCAAAGGAGGGCCCUGUACUUGACAUAUGUCACGGAGAGGAUGCGGGAGUAUCCGGAGUAUGCCCAGGAUCUGUUUUCCUUUAAUUAUUUUGCAAACAAUCCCUUGAAGCCCGUCUUGGAGCUUACGCCUGCGGCCAAACAGGUGACGAAGCACCUUCAGAUACGGCUCUUUAUCACGGCCCCGCUGAACAGUUUUAAGCCUGGCAGGUUCGUGCCAUGGAACAAUAACAUUCGGCCCGCCUUUUACAAGGAUGAGUGGGACGAGGAAGAACCAUUGCCCUCAACACAGCACUAUAAUGCCAACGUGCUCUUUGACCUAACGAUGAGCGAGAAUCAGCAGCACUUGGACAAGUUCUUCAAGGGCAAGCGCAACUUUCAAGACGGUCUGUUGCUUCUUAAAGUAUGGCUGCGGCAGCGUGAGUUGAAUGUGGGAUUCAGUGGCUUUGGCGCCCACAUCUUGGCCUCGUUUAUUGUCUACCUGAACCAGCAUCGCCUUCUGCACCAGUCCAGCAGCAGCUACCAGGUAGCACGAACUGUGUGGAACCAACUUGCCAAUACGGAUUGGACCAGCGGUAUCAGUCUGUCUCCCGCUGGAGUAAAGGCGGAUGAUUUGGAAAAGGUGGCAAAGUACUAUGAUGUCGUUUUUCUGGACGUCACCAACCAGUACAAUUUGUGUGCGAACAUUCCGCUGGAUCUGUACCAGAGAGUUCGGGCCGAGGCCAAGUUGGCGGUGGAGCUCCUCAACGACACAAAGAUCAACAGCUUCCCGUACAUUUUCAUGCAGAAAUGUCCUCUCUACAGUCGUGUGGAUAACAUCCUGAAAAUUACACACUAUUCUUGUGUGGAACAAAUGCUAUUGCUGCACUCCAAGCCACAAGUUAAGUACGAUUACGCCGAUUAUGGAUACCCUCAAUUGCUUAAGUUGCUGACAGAGCUUCUUCAAAAAGGCCUUUCUGAACGAGUUCAGGCCAUUCUUCCCCUGGAAACGGCGACUACCGCCUGGCCAGUGGAAAGCCAAGCGCCAGCUAUUGGAAAAUAUAUUCAACUGGGAUUCAUACUUCAUCCAGAUCACGCUUACGAAGUGCUCAACAAAGGCCCUGCCUCCAACGAAGAUCCAGAAGGUGCUGCGGAGUUUCGGCGUUUUUGGGGCGAAAAGUCCAACCUCCGACGCUUCCAGGACGGCAGCAUAACCGAGGCCGUUGUGUGGGGAACCGCCCAAGAUGCUCCUUUUAAGAAGCGCUUAAUCGUACGACAAAUCGUUCUUCACCUGCUGGAACACCACCUCCAGGUGGACAGCAAGGACGUGCAGUAUAUCGCCAGCGAGUUGGAGCAGGUCUAUCGGUUGACCCCUUGGUUCAAGGUUGCCCACUUAAAGACUAAGCUCCCCCUCGAGCAGGAAACUGACUCGGAGGCACUAACCCCGCACGUUAUUCGGUGUUAUGACGAACUGGCUCGGCAACUUCACGGCCUUGACGAACUGCCCCUGGAAAUAGUAUCUAUUUCGGGCACCUCGCCAGUCUUUAGGUACUGUGAACCGCAGCCUGUGUUACCGCAGGCUCGUCUAAAAGAUGACCAUAUCCUCGCCAGUCAUGUGCAGCAGGUGGUCAUACAGCUGGGCCAAAGCGGCAAGUGGCCCAGUGAGUUGACGGCCCUGCGAGCUCUUAAAACAGCUUUUCUGAUAGAAAUUGGUGAGAAGUUGGAGGCACAGUUCCGCCUGAAGUGGUCCAUUACAUCCGAGGGCCUGUUGGUCCUAAAGCAGGGCUUCUGUUUCAUGAUUCAGUUGGCCCACAGCAAGGAGCUGGCGCUGGUCAAGCAAGAGAUCACCGAAAAGGGGGUGACCACAUACGUCGAUAACCCAGAAAGCCGUGCCUUGGAACGGGAGCAUCACAUCCUGCCCAAGGUGAGUGGAGCCUUGCACUCGCUCCACCAGACGCACUCUGCAUUUGGACCUACUGUUCUACUGGCAAAGCGUUGGAUUGCCACCCAACUUCUGGAUGAGGGUUUGUGGCCUUCGAUGGCCACUGAGUUGCUGGUGGCGCAUCUCUUCCAGCAACGUCAUGCCCCCCAGCCCAUUGCCUCUCCUCAAGCCGGCUUCAUUCGAUUCCUGCAAUUGCUCUCCCACACUGACUGGAACAGUGAACUGAUCUUGCUGAACUUUAACAACAGCUGGCAGGAACAACAAAUUACUGAUCUGGAGAACAGCUUCCGCACUGAUCGUCAGAGCUACCCACAUUUAGUUGUGGCCACAUCCUACGAUCAACAGCACGCAGGUCGCCUCUGGACUUCCGAGCAGGCACCCAGCCGGCCGGUGCUCGGUCAUGUUACUAAGCUGGCACGCACGGCUUUUGAUAUAGUUCAGACCAGUCUCAUGUGUAAGGACCUUAGGUUCACUAGUCCCACCCAAUUGUUCCGAGCUUCGAACGAGGGUUACGAUCUGGUCAUACAGCUGAAGCCUGAACUGGUUCCCAACACUUUGUGCUACGACCUUGGAUCUCCAUUUGUGCCCUUCUCCAGUCAGCCAAAUUUCCACCUGCCUCUGGCAGGUGUGGAUCGUCUGGCGGCUGUGGUCAACCAGUUGAGGUCUGCGUACUCUGACUUUGCCGCUUUCUUCUACAAUCCACAUGGCGGCAAGGAACUUGCGAUUAUGUGGCGCCCACCUUCUGAGUUUGCGCCCAAGCCUUUUAAAGUAAAUGAGGUGAAGGCGUGCACGCCGUGUAGCAAUGGAAAGGUCCAAGUUAUCAGGGAGACGCUUCUCGAGGACUUCAAGCUAUUGCUGAAAGACUUUUAUCUGCGAAUCGCAACUCCAGAGGAGCUAAAAAGGGAACAGCGUGAAGUCACCCAACCAAAGCGGUACUUUAAUAAUCAGAAUGAAAAGGAUACGGAUAAGGAUAGCCCCAAGCCCAAGAAGCAAAAGCUUCAAGUCCCAGCAAAGGCUAAUCCCAAGGCCAAAAAGCAAAAGCUCCAAGUGCCAGCAAAGGGUAAUCCCAAGGCUCCUAUAACCGCGAAACCCACUAAAAGGAAGCGACCCAUCAAGGGCUUAAGUGCUUCUGGUUAG